UGUCCACGGCAUCAUGAUGGCUAAUACCGAAACUCACUACUGCGCAUGAGCACUAUUGCUAGCUAGAUAUUAAUACGGUGGUUAUGUACCUGCAGUUCAGUAACAUAGAUAUACAGUGAUACGUACAUCAUGUAUAUCAUGAGCAGUUUACUCAAUUCACACCUCCUGGUAAUUGUUGUAUUCAUUUUUAGCAAGUUUGAAGAAGUCACUGCAAUUGUUUCACCAAGCUCAAUUGAGAAUGUCUGUCCUGGAGAAAAGAUAAGUCUUGUUUGUUCAGUUAAUGCGGAGUCAUUGACAUGGUUGGUACCAGACCCUACUGAAGUGAGACUGAACCUUGAUAGAAGCUUUAUUAGAUCACUAUCAGAAAACAUAGUCGGAGAGCGUUCAAUUGUUCCUGGUGACACACUUGGAGCAUAUGCAGUAACUCUAAACACAGUGACACCUAAUCUAUGUUCGACACUCGAAGUAACCCUGUACAGGUCGAUGGAUGGUCGGAACAUUGUGUGCUCUGGAGUGAUGGUAUUCAUUGAUCUUUAUGAUCCACCGGCACCUGCAAUUAAUAUUCGUAUCACCAGUUCCCUGAAUAAUACUGAGGAGAAUAUUGCCAUUGUUUCUCUUGAGUGGGAUUACUUCAGUGAUGGAUCUCCUGUCAACUAUUCUGUGACUGUGAUCGGGAGCUCAGAGAAUGACACAGUCAGUGCUCUAACAGCGGAGAUGAGAGUUGAACUCAAAUUAAGGUACAACACAGAGUAUGCAGUUAUAGUGGAGGUGAUAAACUGCGCUGUGUCCAGUUCCUCCUCCAUGUUCACAUUCGAACUAGUCAGAUGUGAGGUUCCCACUUUUACCACAAACGGGAUGUUUGAAAGUACUGGUCAGGCAGAGGGCGAAACACUCACUCUAACAUGCAAUGAAGGGUUCACAUCAACAGGACCAAUUUCAGCAACUUGUACACAAUUUGCUUUGUGGCAACCAAAUCUUGAAGUCUCCCACUGUGUAUCUCAUUCAAUAGAAUGCCCACCCCUUGAGGCACCUCCUAAUGGCCGUUUUAUUGAUUACGAGUACACAAACAGGACCUCUCUCACUGGCACAGUGGUGACCUAUCAUUGUGAUAGGGGGCUGUUCCCAAAUGACAUUAAAAGUACCACUUGUAGAGAGGAUGGAACAUGGAGCAACAUUCCUCCUGAACUGACGUGUAGGGAAGAACCAAUUCGCUGUAAGAUUUCAAAUAAACCGGACUACUAUGAGAGCUACAACAGUUCGCUUCAAGAGGGCUCUGCAGUAAUCACUUUCAAGUGUGACUAUGGGUUCUUCUUGGUUGGUGAAGUGAUUUCUAUUUGCAUUAACUCUGAACACGAACUGCUAUUCCCACCUGUACUGAAGAUUCUGCCCAGGGGGUUUCUCUGACCACCAAUGAAGUUGCUCUGAUAUGCACAAUUGUAACAUUUAUUUUAGCAAUAGUUUUUGGUUGUGUUUGUGGUGCUCUCUUGAUGUACUGGGUCAUGCGUAAGAAGACAGUGCACUCCCUGGCAGCUGAAGGACAAGCUAACGUAGCCUGCCAGGGAUUCACUGCAUCAGUCGAUCCUGUUUAUGAGGAGGUGUCACCCAAAGAGGAGAUUGAACUGAACGCUAACCAGGCAUACGGACCAGUCGGACAAUAAUUGUAACCAGGUAUAUAGACAGACCAAUAGAACGAUAAUUGUAUGCAUAAUAGUUAGACACGUAUUGUUUUGAAGGUGUCUAUAUAUAUGGGAUUUAGAAGCCCAUGCAAAGGCACUGAUUUAGUAUCCCGAGCGAAUUUUCGGAUGUGUGGAAUUCAAUUCUGUCAGCAAUUACAAUCAACAAUAAUAACUAAUGCUACAAGUGGCUGAGGGCUUCUAAAUCACCUAAACACUGACAAAAUAGUGUCUAAUAUAACUCAUUUUGAUAGUGCGCAUGAGCAAACCUUGCCUCGAGGCUUGACUACAAUUAUACAACAAGUUUAUUUUGCUUGACAAGGGGAUGAUACUAUAGGGCAAAUUGCAGCGAGGCAUAGCGGAGUGCUCUUAACCUCCAGUGCUUGUU